AUGCCGACGACCCACCUCUUUGUCUUCUUUAUCUGCUUCAUCCUCCUCAUGGGAUCUCUAAAACCUUCGCCGCGGCCGCUCCUAUCAUCUUCUUCGUCCGCUGCCGGCGGCGACGCCAACCCCUCCGCCCACGACCUCCUAGUGCGGUUCGGCCUACCGCGGGGGCUACUCCCCGGCAACGUCGUGAACUACACUGUCUCCGAGGACGGGGAGUUCUCGGUGGAGCUGGCGACACCAUGUUAUAUCCAGUUCUCCGAUCUAGCCUACUACCACCGGGCCAUAAGGGGGAGGAUCUCCCCCGGCCUAAUCUCCGGCGUCUCUGGUAUCCAGGCUAAGAAGUUCCUAAUUUGGGUCACCAUCUCCAGCGUCGCAGCCGACGAGGAGCACUCCACUGUCCGGUUUAGCAACGGGGUCAUUACUGAGAGUCUUCCGACCGCCGACUUCGCCGACGUCCGCCACUGCGAGAAGUGGGUCUCCUCCUCCCACUCACUCGCCUCAGACGAUGCCGCAUAG